UUUCUGAUCAAGGAGAUCAUCGCUUGUAAUAAGGUUUCGAAAAUAUGUCCAGAGGACGCGGCGGUGGACGAGGCGGUGGAAGGGGUGGCUUUAGAGGAGGCGGUGGUGGUGGCUUCGGUGCAGGAAGCAUGCCUCCUAUGGGUCUCACCUUUGCAGACAUACAAGCUAUGUCCAGGGAAGGAGACGCGUUGUACCCACCAUUGGAUCCUCUGCCUGUCCUCGCCGAUUACUCUGCAGACGAGAAACGAAUCUGCGAUCUGCAAACAGGAUUUGCUACCCGUUUACGGAAAUCGGCAUACUAUGUAGUUGAAACGUCCAAGUCAAACGACUUGGAGCGUUACUCUGAUAAAUAUCGCCAGAGUCCUGCUUCUCAACCUACGCUCAAGCGGAAGGACCUCCACGCGCCCUUUUUCCCCUCGGAGAUACUCGAGGGUUAUUUCAAUCCCAAAAAAAAACGCAAAGUUGAGAAGAAAACCACUUCAAAACGCCUUAAUCUUGAUGACUUAGCGGAGGACGCUGAGGACCAAGAGAAGUCAGGCGAUGAACGCUCAGACGCUGGAUCACAGCCAGUAGACUCCGACUAUGACGUCGAUGAGGAAUAUGACAAUGAUUACGCGGAGAAUUAUUUCGAUAACGGCGAAGGAGAUGAUAUGGACGGUCUUGGAGACGGCGGUGGUGGAGAUGACGGCGGCGGCGGAGGUGAUUAUGACUAGGAGGAUACAUCUGUGCAUCUCCUUAGUACGAAAGGACCUGUGGUGCAGAGACGUACUGCUCCCCACAAGCGACAGCACCGCCUGGGCCAGCUUGACACCCCCUCUAAAAUGCACAUGUUGCCUUGGACCCGUGCGACAGUCAGCAUCCUCUCUUUUUAUAGAAUCAAGGCCCAAGGGAUGAUCCGAAUUCUUCUUUCGCUGCGUUGUAUUAGCCUCGACAAUAUUCACAUGUCUACAAUACAACCCGGAUUUCUCGUUUUCGGGCCACCCUCAAAGUGGUGCCUAUGUGCAGUGCGAAGAUAGACUUGGUGCGCUAGACGCGGAUCGGUGGAUGACUGCUGAAUACACUCCAGCUCAGCGCAAAAUACUGGUAGAACCUUCUCGUGUGCGCGAAUUCUGUCAACGAACGAUCAGAUGUUGC